GAUCGUGACAGAUUUUCGCGCGGGAUCGAAUCUUCUCCUUUUGUUCUGUUAACCGACUCAUCAGUCCCCCUCUUCAUCCUUUCUCACCUCAAUUAAUUCUGCAGUAUUCAGUUAGUCACUCUCUCUCGCCCCUUGCUUUCUUGGAGUGGGAUCAAUGCAAUGGGCAAAGCAUCGAUCUUCCUCUAUCUCACUGUAGCACUCCUACUUCUCUUCUUCCUUUCCCAUUCCCCUAAGAAACAAACCGGCCAUCGCCACCGCCGUCUCAAGCUUCGUUCCCACUUCACUUUCUCGUCUUCUCAUCGCCCUGUCACUUUCGACCCCCUCGUCGCCGAGAUCGAACGCCGCCGUGAAGAGAGGCAUUGGGAAAAACACUACUUCGAGCUUUCUCACGAAGAUUUCCCUGACGACGAGUCCGCCGCAGGGGAGGAGUCUCAGCCCGAGUGGGAGGAUUUCAUCGACGCUGAAGAUUAUUUGAAUGACGAGGACAAGUUCAAUGUUACGGAUAGGUUGAUUGUGCUCUUUCCCAGGAUUGAUGUGGACACGACUGAUGGGUUCGUCAGUGAGCACGAGUUGACUGAGUGGAACUUGCAGCAGGCCCAGAGGGAGAUCUUGCAUAGGACCAAGAGAGACAUGGACGUUCACGACAAGAACCAUGAUGGGUUUGUUUCGUUUUCUGAGUACGAACCUCCCAGUUGGGUUCAUAUUGCAGACAAUAAUUCUUUCGGUUAUAACGUGGGCUGGUGGAAAGAAGAGCAUUUUAAGGCGUCCGAUGCAGAUGGAAAUGGUCUUCUAAAUUUAACUGAAUACAAUGACUUUCUGCACCCAGCUGACACCAAAAACCCAAAGCUACUUGGAUGGUUGUGCAGGGAGGAAGUAAGGGAAAGAGAUACAGACAAAGAUGGAAAGAUGAACUUCAAGGAAUUUUUCCAUGGGCUAUUUGAUUUGGUAAGAACCUAUGAGGAAGAAAAUCAUAAUGGUUCAUAUCAUUCUGAUUUUUCUGGGGAUGCUUCAGCUAGAGUGCUGUUCAAUCAGCUCGACAAUGAUGAUGACGGACACUUGUCAGAUGUGGAGCUGCUAUCUAUAAUUGGGAAAAUUCAUCCACCUGAGCGAUAUUACGCGAAGCAGCAAGCAGAUUACAUCAUUUCACAGGCAGAUGUUGACAAAGAUGGGCGCCUAACAUUGGCUGAGAUGAUUGAGAACCCGUAUGUAUUCUACAGCGCUAUUUUCAAUGAUGAUGAAGAUCAAUAUGAUUACCAUGAUGAAUUCCGUUAGAUUCAUUUUAAGGAUGCGCAAAAAGAUUGAGCAGAAUUCAAGUUUCUCCUUUUUCAAGGAGUUAGCAUUAGAAGACAGAAUUAAAGGCUUUGGCCCUUUAUAGUCUCAAAAUUCUAGUGAGGUUCUUUGCACCAACAUUGUCGCUUCCUCUCAUUAGCAUCAUCAAGGAGCUCUUGCUCAUUUGCUUCCCCAUGGCCGGUGCUGGAGCCACAUCUGGAUCGGACAGAUAAUCAAUUUACCUAUGACACACCAGUUUUCAGUAGACUAUAUAACUGAAGUGACAGUCAUGGUUAAAGUA